CCCGGGUCCGCAGCGCCGCCGCGUCGCUCCCGGAGGCGGGCGGGAAGAUGCUGAGCAGGCUGAUGAGCGGCAGCAGCCGGAGCCUGGAGCGCGAGUACAGCUGCACCGUGCGGCUGCUGGACGACAGCGAGUACACCUGCACCAUCCAGAGAGAUGCCAAAGGCCAGUACCUGUUCGACCUUCUUUGCCACCACCUGAACCUACUUGAGAAAGACUAUUUUGGAAUCCGCUUUGUGGACCCGGAUAAGCAGCGGCACUGGUUGGAGUUUACGAAGUCUGUUGUGAAGCAAUUGAGAUCCCAGCCUCCAUUCACCAUGUGCUUCCGUGUGAAGUUUUACCCUGCAGACCCUGCUGCCCUGAAAGAAGAAAUAACCAGAUACUUAGUCUUUCUACAGAUCAAAAGGGAUCUCUACCACGGGCGCCUCCUCUGUAAAACAUCAGAUGCUGCCUUGUUAGCAGCCUAUAUCCUGCAAGCGGAGAUUGGUGACUACGAUCCUGGGAAACACCCUGAAGGCUACAGCUCCAAGUUCCAGUUCUUCCCCAAGCACUCCGAGAAGCUGGAGCGGAAGAUCGCCGAGAUUCACAAGACAGAACUCAGCGGCCAAACACCAGCAAGCUCAGAGCUGAACUUUCUAAGAAAGGCACAGACUCUGGAGACAUACGGGGUGGAUCCCCACCCAUGUAAGGACGUGUCAGGAAACGCCGCAUUCCUGGCCUUCACUCCUUUCGGGUUUGUUGUUCUGCAAGGAAAUAAGAGGGUCCACUUCAUUAAAUGGAAUGAGGUGACCAAGCUGAAAUUUGAAGGGAAGACUUUCUAUUUACACGUAAGUCAGAAAGAGGAAAAGAAAAUUAUUCUCACAUAUUUUGCUCCAACUCCAGAAGCCUGCAAGCAUCUCUGGAAAUGUGGGAUUGAGAACCAAGCCUUCUACAAGCUGGAGAAGUCAAGCCAAGUCCGCACCGUGUCCAGCAGCAACUUGUUCUUCAAAGGGAGCCGGUUCCGAUACAGUGGCCGCGUCGCCAAGGAGGUAAUGGAGUCUAGUGCCAAGAUUAAACGGGAGCCACCGGAGAUACACAGGGCAGGGAUGGUUCCGAGUCAGAGCUGCCCCUCCAUCACCCACGGCCCCAGGCUGAGCAGUGUCCCCAGGACCCGCCGGAGAGCUGUUCACAUCUCCAUCAUGGAAGGUCUCGAGUCCCUCCGGGACAGUGCCCACUCCACGCCGGUGCGCUCCUCUUCCCACGGGGACUCCUUCCUGACGCACGGGAGAAGCAUCCGGGCGGACAGCAACGAGCGCGUGGCCGUGAUCGCGGAUGAGGCCUACAGCCCUGCAGACAGCGUGCUGCCCACGCCCGUGGCCGAGCGCAGCCUGGAGCUGAUGCUGCUCUCCCGGCAGAUCAACGGCGCCACCCGCAGCAUCGAGGAGGAGAGGGAGUCUGAGGCCAGCACCCCGACGGCUGCACAGGUGGAGGCCCUUGGGGGAGAGCUGAGGGCCCUGUGUCACAGGCCCGGCAGGCCGGAGGAGGAACAGAGUGGGCAUCUGAAGGGACCACGGCUACAGCAGCAGCAGCAGCAGCAGGGGUGGGAACCUCAAGAUUUUUCUAGUGCUUCGGUGGCGUUAAUUGACUCCGUGGUGCCAGAGAGUACUGACGGAAGUGCUGGGCAAGGUGUGGCUGGCAGACAUCAGAGCUAAAGUUACCUGAGAGACUGUUACAGUCAGAGAGCAGUGCAUAUUUUGUACACACCCAAAAAAAAAAGACUAUUUCAAUUUAUAUUUUAACAACGAAAUGUUAUUUUCUUAUCAAUUCCUAUUUUGCUUUUACUUUAUGGAUUAAGAAAAUAGCACCUGAUGAACUAAACGAUGCAAGAAAGAAACUGAUCCUGAGAUUGCAAAGCUUCAGAAAACAGAAUUUCCAAGAUCGUCAAACAGCCUUGGAAGGGACCCGGAAGAGAAUCCCUUUAAGUAGGAUUGUUAAGAAAUGGCUACAAAAGAACGUGGCAAAGAGAUGAUACUUAGAUGUAGAAAGACUGCCCUCUAGGGUCAGCCUUUGCACCAGGAAACCCAAGUUCUAAGCCAAGGGAAGCUGUCCUUGGAAGGGAAGGAAGCCUGUGAUGGGUGAGUGGGAGGUGGCCCAAGCUCAGCGGCACCGCUGAAAACCCAUCACCAAUCCCACACAAGAUCCCGUUUUCAACACAGGGAGAGAUGUCUGAGCCAUCUGGGGCCCGACGACUUAUUUAAGGAUUGUUAGUGGACAGAUUCCUGGGACCCAACCCACAGUGAAGGACUGCAGAUGCCUCUUAACUGUGGUCAGCGACACCCGUGAUGUUGGGCAGCCCAAAGGCUGACAGAAUGAAUCAUUUAUAGGCGUGACCUCCAGCCUGUCCCAAGGCAGUAGACCUAAGCCCACGUUUAGAAUAUAACAGGUGUUUUGGGAUGGGGAAGAUUUUAAAGAGAGAACUCUUUCAGCUAGACCAGGGGUUAGGUUAACUUCUGCAAGGUGACACCUGGUGAUUUUUUUAUAACUUUGAUUUUGUGGGCCAUGCCCUGCCACAGUUAUUCAACUCUGUGGCCGUUGUAGCACAAAAGUAGUCACAGAUAAACAAAGCCUGGCUGUAGCCCAGUUACAGUUACUUAGUUACAAAAACAGGCAGUGAGCUCAGUUGGGCGCACAGGUCAUAAUUUGCCCACUUCGAUCUAGACCAAAAAAACCUUGCUUCUUCCCAGUAUGGACUACAGAGGGGGUUGGAUCUGCUUCGGCUCCAACACAUUUUAGAGAUCUAGGACCCACCCCCGCCAGCCCUUGCCCUCAGCCUGUGGAGGCCCUGGGGUUGCUUGUUUAAAGGGUGUUUGAAUAACCAACCAGCAGAGAGAUGUCUGAAGUUACCUUGAGCAAGACCAAGAAGGGACUGCUCACACGCCUUGGAAUCUAGACCGGAAGAGGGCUGAGCUGAUCAUUUCCAUACCAGCAAUGAUUUGAGCAGAGUCACCAACAUCUAGUUCCCAAGUGACAAAACAAACGGAGAUCCUGAUAAAAACGAAGGAUCACUUAAAAGCAAUGGUCACUGCCACUUGUCAUCUACAUAGGAAAGACUUCCUUCAGGACAGAGCUGGAUUGAGAAGUAGACAGGGGGGGCGGGGAGUAGACAGAGAGGAAAAGGCUGUCAGGAGAUAGGGGGCUAGUUUUGACCUGGGUGUCUUAUGCAACAUAGAUUAUCUUUUAGUGUAGUGUUCCUACCUCAGUCUGUAGAAUAUGGUGUUUCUAUGCAGUGAGUUACAGCCUCAACCCUUGACCUUUCAUGUUCACCUUGAAGAAAGAUGCAGUAUUCCAUUCCCCGAUACGUUACUCGUGUCUAGAGUUGUAAACAUCCAAUAGGCCAUACCCCUUCCAACAGCUGAAUUUUGUUCUCUAAACAGAAACUUUGGGGUGGUAUGGGGGUUUUCUCCCAGGGUUAAUCUCAUAAAAGAUGGAUAGAAAAGUUUCCUUCAAGUUGCUUUUUAAGUAGUGCUUGAAUUAACACACCUCCUUUGAUGGUGACCAAUCUUGUUCUGGAUUCUCCCUACCAUUUGAAAUUGUUCGGAGCUUUUCCCCUGAUUUUAUCGUGUUCCACUGUGUCUCCUAUUUUCUCUGAAAAUUAGUUUGAUCUCAUUGUAGGAAAAAGAAUGGUUUCCAUAGCUUCAUCCAUCAGAGGAAAUCAAACUUACUAAAGAAUAGUGCGCGGCAUCUUUGAAGCAGUAGAGGGUAAACUACCUGCAAAUGUGAAUUUCUUAGUUUCAUUUAAAAAGUAAUCGUUGUUAACCUUUUGUGUGCCAAAAAUUCUAAGUUACAUUUUCCUCCCAAGCAAUGUACUUUUUUCUACAUAUGCUGUAUGUCGUUAGCAUAAAAUCAUUGGUGCCAUGAAGAUUAUUUUUAAACUUAAAUAAAUAUUUAAAUACCA